CGCCGCCGCCGCCAUCGCCCGGCGUGAGGAGAGCCAGAGCCGCCGGCGCCGAGACCCCGCUGCCCGCCCCUGAGGAGAAUGUCCCAGAAAUCUUGGAUAGAAAAUACUUUCACCAAACGGGAAUGUGUGUACAUUAUACCAAGUUCAAAGGAUCCUCACAGAUGUCUUCCAGGAUGUCAGAUUUGUCAGCAACUUGUCAGGUGUUGCUGUGGUCGCUUGGUCCGGCAACAUGCUUGCUUUACUGCAAGUCUUGCUAUGAAAUAUUCAGAUGUGAAACUGGGUGAAAAUUUUAAUCAAGAGAUAGAAGAAUGGUCAGUAGAAAAACAUACCGAACAGAGUUCAACAGAUGCUUAUGGUGUCAUUAAUUUUCAAGGAGGUUCUCAUUCCUACCGAGCUAAGUAUGUGCGAUUGUCAUAUGACACCAAACCUGAAGCUAUCCUGCAGCUUAUGCUUAAAGAAUGGCAGAUGGAACUGCCAAAGCUGGUUGUUUCAGUUCAUGGAGGAAUGCAGAAAUUUGAGCUUCAUCCGCGCAUUAAACAAUUACUUGGUAAAGGCCUUAUUAAAGCUGCAGUUACAACAGGAGCCUGGAUUAUAACUGGAGGAGUAAAUACAGGUGUUGCAAAACAUGUUGGUGAUGCCCUUAAGGAACAUGCUUCUCGAUCAUCUCGAAAGAUUUGCACUAUUGGUAUAGCUCCUUGGGGAGUGAUUGAAAACAGAAAUGACCUCGUUGGGAGAGAUAUUGUUGCUCCAUAUCAAACCCUGCUAAAUCCUUUAAGUAAAUUAAAUGUCCUGAAUAAUCUUCAUUCCCAUUUCAUACUGGUGGACGAUGGAACAGUUGGAAAAUAUGGAGCAGAAGUAAAGCUACGGCGAGAACUGGAAAAAACUAUCAACUUGCAAAGGAUCCAUGCAAGAAUCGGUCAGGGGGUCCCUGUGGUGGCGCUCAUAUUUGAAGGCGGUCCCAACGUUAUCCUUACAGUUUUGGAAUACCUUCAGGAAAGUCCUCCUGUUCCAGUAGUGGUCUGUGAGGGGACUGGCAGAGCCGCAGACAUCCUGGCUUAUGUUUAUAAGCAAACAGAAGAGGGAGGAAAUAUUCCUGAUGGAGCAGAGCCUGAAAUCAUUUCAACCAUCAAAAAGACAUUUAACUUUGGGCAGAGUGAAGCAGUUCAUUUGUUCCAGACAUUGUUGGAGUGCAUGAAAAAAAAAGAACUUAUCACUGUGUUCCAUAUUGGGUCCGAUGAGCAUCAAGAUAUAGAUGUUGCAAUCCUUACAGCGCUACUAAAAGGCACAAAUGCUUCUGCAUUUGACCAGCUUGUCCUUACACUUGCAUGGGAUAGAGUUGACAUUGCCAAAAAUCAUGUUUUUGUUUAUGGUCAACAGUGGCUGGUUGGAUCUUUGGAGCAGGCUAUGUUAGAUGCCCUUGUGAUGGACCGAGUUGCCUUUGUGAAGCUUCUUAUUGAAAAUGGAGUAAGCAUGCACAAAUUUCUUACAAUUCCCAGGCUGGAAGAACUUUACAACACUAAACAAGGCCCAACAAAUCCAGCUCUCUUUCACCUUGUACGAGAUGUCAAACAGGGAAACCUUCCUCCAGGAUAUAAACUCACUUUGAUUGAUGUGGGACUUGUUGUUGAAUAUUUGAUGGGUGGAACAUACCGGUGUACUUAUACCCGAAAGCGCUUCAGAGUGAUAUACAACAGUCUCAGUGGCAGUAAUCGGCGCUCUGGACGAAAUGCUUCGAGCAGCACCCCUCAAAUGCGUAAAAGCCAUGAACCUUUUGGUAACAGGGUGGAUAAGAAAGAAAAAAUGCGGCAUAAUCACUUCAUCAAAACUGCGCAGCCUUACAAACCAAAGGCCGAUACCACUACAGAAGAAGGAAAAAAGAAAAAAACCAAAGAUGACAUAGUAGAUAUUGAUGAUCCAGAAACAAGACGCUUUCCUUAUCCUCUUAAUGAAUUGUUACUAUGGGCAGUGCUGAUGAAGAGACAAAAAAUGGCCCUCUUUUUCUGGCAGCAUGGUGAAGAAUCCAUGGCAAAGGCCUUAGUGGCUUGCAAGCUAUAUCGUUCAAUGGCCUAUGAAUCCAAACAAAGUGACCUUGUUGAUGAUACCUCGGAAGAACUUAAGCAAUAUUCCAAUGAGUUUGGGCAGCUGGCAGUUGAGCUACUGGAGCAGUCAUUCCGACAAGAUGAAACUAUGGCUAUGAAGUUGCUAACUUAUGAGUUAAAAAACUGGAGCAAUGCUACCUGCCUUAAACUAGCAGUGUCUUCACGUCUUCGCCCUUUUGUAGCUCACACUUGUACACAAAUGUUGUUGUCUGAUAUGUGGAUGGGAAGGCUUAACAUGAGGAAGAAUUCUUGGUACAAGGUGAUACUGAGCAUCUUAGUCCCCCCUACCAUACUAAUGCUGGAAUAUAAAACCAAGGCAGAAAUGUCCCAUAUUCCUCAGUCUCAAGACGCACAUCAGAUGACAAUGGAAGAUAGUGAAAACAACUUCCAAAACAUAGCAGAAGAGAUACCAAUGGAAGUGUUUAAAGAAGUAAGGGUCUUGGACAGUACCGAAGGAAAGCAUGACAUGGAGACAAUGAUAAAACCGAAGAGGCUUCCCAUUACACGAAAGUUUUAUGCCUUCUAUCAUGCACCAAUAGUGAAAUUCUGGUUUAACACGUUGGCUUACUUAGGAUUUCUGAUGCUUUAUACCUUUGUGGUUCUUGUGAAAAUGGAGGAGCUACCUUCAGUUCAAGAAUGGAUUGUCAUUGCAUACAUCUUCACGUUGGCUAUUGAGAAGAUCCGUGAGAUCUUUAUGUCAGAAGCUGGGAAGAUUAGUCAGAAGGUUAAAGUGUGGUUUAAUGAUUACUUCAACGUCAGUGAUACAAUAGCCAUUAUCACUUUCUUCAUUGGUUUUAUACUAAGAUUUGGAGCAAAAGGGAACUUCAAUAAAAAUACUUACGAAGUAAAUUAUAUUUUCGUUGCUGGAAGACUAAUUUACUGCCUGAAUAUAAUCUUUUGGUAUGUGAGAUUACUGGAUUUUUUGGCUGUAAACCAACAUGCUGGACCUUAUGUUAUGAUGAUUGGGAAAAUGGUAGCCAACAUGUUUUACAUUGUAGUGAUUAUGGCACUUGUCUUACUCAGUUUUGGAGUCCCCAGGAAGGCAAUACUUUAUCCAAAUGAAGAACCAUCCUGGGUUCUAGCAAAAGAUAUUGUGUUUCAGCCUUACUGGAUGAUCUUUGGUGAAGUUUAUGCCUACGAAAUUGAUGUAUGUGCAAAUAAUUCUGACCCUAAUGUUAAAAGCCUCUGUGUGACGGGAUCAUGGCUGACACCAUUUCUGCAGUCUGUCUACCUUUUUGUACAGUACAUUAUUAUGGUCAAUCUCCUCAUCGCUUUUUUCAACAAUGUGUAUUUACAAGUCAAAGCCAUUUCCAACAUUGUAUGGAAAUAUGAGCGUUAUCAUUUCGUUAUGGCUUACCAUGAGAAACCUAUCCUGCCCCCUCCUCUUAUCAUUCUUAGUCAUAUGGCUUCCCUGUUCUGCUGUGUAUGCAAGCAAAGAAAGAAAGACAAAACUUCAGAUGGGCCAAAACUGUUUCUAACAGAAGAAGAUCAAAAGAAACUUCAUGAUUUUGAAGAGUUAUGUGUUGAGAUGUAUUUCAACGAAAAAGAUGACAAAUUCCAUUCUGGCAGUGAAGAGAGAAUUAGAGUAACUUCUGAACGCGUUGAGCAAAUGUGCAUCCAAAUCAAGGAGGUUGGCGACAGAGUCAACUAUAUCAAACGUUCAUUGCAUUCUCUAGAUACGCAAAUUGGCCACUUACAGGACCUCUCUGCUCUUACAGUGGAUACUUUGAAAACCUUAACUGCACAGAAGGCCUCAGAAGCUAGCAAGGUCCACAAUGAAAUUACGCGGGAACUGAGUAUUUCAAAGCAUUUGGCACAGAACCUCAUUGACGACGGUCCGCUAAGAUCUUCCAUUUGGCGAAAGCACAGCAUUGGCAACAUGUUUGGUUCUUCUUUUCCCCAAGGAGGCCUCGAGAGUAAUAAUGCUGUGCUGUGCAACAUUUCUAUGCAAGACGAAAGAGAUUCUGGACAUAAGAUGACUAGUCUCCCCAAAGGGGACGAAUUCAACUUUCCAGAGGCAGGUUCCUCAGGCAGUGCCUUCAUUCCAAGAGCUCUUUCUCCCCCAGAACUCCGUCAAAGAGCACAGGGUACAGACAUAUCAAAAUGCAGUAAUAAAAAUAAAAAAUCAGGCAGUUCUUUAAGCAGCAUGCCUCAUCGAACGUCUCCGACAGCUAAAUUUUUCGUUAGCACUCCUUCUCAGCCAAGUUGUAAGCACCCGAUAGAAAAUGCCACAAAGGAUGGCGAAGUUGUAGUCCUGAAGGCUGCCGAUGGAGAGAAUGCUGUUGAAUUUGGUGCAUUUGUGGGUCACAGAGACAGCAUGGAAUUGCAACGAUUUAAAGAGACGGUGGUUAAGAAUAAAGUAACAAGCGAUAAUAUUGAGGAGCAACAGGAAGACUUCAAAAAAGUCAUUUUGGAAUGCAUGGAGACCACAAAGGGUCAGGGCAGUAGUAAUACAGAAGGCAACCUGAGGCAUGUUAGUUCAUGUGGUGGCUUUACUGACUAUCAUAGAAGCUCGUUAGCAGCACGCUCAGAGCAAACGCACAAUAAGAGCAGAAGAACUUCAAUUGAAGAGUCUCAUCAGGUAGAUUCCAAGGCAGCCUUACUCACAGAUUGGUUACAGGGUCGACCUUCAUACAGCAAUCAAAUGUCUUCUGAGGAAGAUGCACUGAAUGGUAUUGCUUCUCCUUUUAAGCCCAUCAUGGAUACCACCUACUACUAUUCGGCUGUCGAAAGAAAUAACUUGAUGAGGUUGUCACAGAGCAUACCUUUCACUCCAGUGCCUCCGAGAGGUGAACCAGUCACUGUGUAUCGUCUUGAAGAAAGCUCUCCAAACAUCUUGAACAACAGCAUGUCUUCCUGGUCUCAGUUGGGUCUUUGUGCCAAAAUUGAAUUCUUAAGCAAGGAGGAGAUGGGGGGAGGCUUGCGGCGAGCCCUCAAGGUGGCCUGCACCUGGUCAGAGUACGACAUCCUGAAAUCAGGCCACCUUUAUAUCAUCAAAUCCUUUCUCCCAGAAGUUGUCAAUACUUGGUCAAGCAUUUAUAAAGAAGAGACAGUAUUACAUCUCUGUUUAAGAGAAAUUCAGCAGCAGAGGGCUGCACAGAAGCUCACUUUUGCUUUCAAUCAGAUGAAGCCCAAAUCUAUUCCAUAUUCUCCAAGGUUCUUGGAAGUAUUCCUCUUAUAUUGCCAUUCAGCUGGGCAAUGGUUUGCAGUUGAGGAAUGCAUGACUGGAGAGUUCAGAAAGUACAAUAACAACAAUGGAGAUGAAAUAAUUCCAACCAACAUGUUAGAGGAGGUCAUGUUAGCCUUCAGCCACUGGACCUAUGAAUAUACGCGAGGAGAAUUGUUGGUCCUUGAUCUACAAGGUGUUGGAGAAAAUUUGACAGAUCCCUCUGUGAUAAAAUCUGAAGAAAAAAGGUCAAACGAUAUGGUAUUUGGUCCUGCAAACCUAGGAGAAGAUGCCAUCAAAAACUUCAGAGCUAAGCACCACUGCAACUCAUGCUGCAGGAAACUGAAGCUUCCAGAUUUGAAGAGAAAUGACUACACGCCCGAUAAAAUCCUGCUGCCUCAAGAUGAUUCUCCAGAACUGACCAUCCAGCCUGGGAGCUGCACCAAAGAAUCAGACCCAGCCAGUUCCAGUCAAGUGAUGCUGUAGCGAGACACGCGGUGCUUCUCUGGCUGUAACCAAACGUUCGCAAAAGGUCACAGGGUUCUCCUGCCCUUCUUUUCCCUGCGCUGUAAUCGGAUAGAGGGCUUCAGCGAAACAAAAAAGGCUACGUGAAUAAGGACCGACGUGUUUUGAUGGCUCUGGUACAGUCAACCGGCCCGUUCUAGAGGGGCCUAGCAAAAUAGGGAAAUCACCUGUGGAGUUGCGGCUGGCGGCUGGCGGCUGUUCUUUUUGCGUGUUUUUUUUAAAAAAGAUUGAAUGAAAUUAAGUAUUUAUGAAAUAGCUUUUAAAAGAGGCAUUUUAGCGGAAGGAAAACCUUACAUUUUACCUUGGUCCACGGAGGGGAUUCCCCCAACCCUCCACCUUCAUUCUAUAGUGCAAUAUGCCCUUGACCAAAUGACAUUUUUGGUUUUGAUGGUUUAAGGCAGAUUGUUUUUGGGCUUUUUGGCAGCUGGUUUCUGUCAUCUGGCUAGAGAAAUGGGAGAGCCCUCCCACCCACCCCACCCACGCCUUCCACGCACAGAUACUGAAGGAUUCUUUGACCCUUCUCAGGGCGUCUUAGAUAUGCUUUCUCCACUCAGUGCCAUGUAUGUUUUAUGUGGCCCAGUGGGAUGAGGCUUCUCCUAAGGAUCUGUCCAUUUUCAGUGCCAGCAAGCUGAGCCCCAGGGAACAGGGACUACUGUUUCCAAACAAGAAGUGAUGGUUUGUCUCCUGCAUCAGGAUUCAUCCUCAGAAGUGUGGAGCCAGUUCUCGUGGGAUGGAUUGUGCGUAAUGAAAUCCCCCGCCUUUUUUUAAAAAAGCGAUACAUUUCAGUUUUAUCAAGUCACUGUCAAAUAGUAGUAAAGCCACCCGAGAAGAUUGGGAGGGAGGGAGGAGGGUUUCUAAUCACAUUUAUAUAAUGGAACAAAACAGCAUAGAAGCUGGUCUCAGAUAAGUUGCCUUGUACAAUGAACAGGUAUUAGGGAAGUGCUAUUUCUUGUUACGUAGUGGCUGCUUCAGAAGCGUUGCCUUCCAAAGAUCGCCUAAAACCAGUAUAUGAAUGCUGAAUGUACACGUGAACAUUUUAGGGUCCCUUCUGAUGUUACCGCUGCCCUGCGGCACCUGCGUCAUGGCGCCUUCCCGGCUGUUCAGGUGACAACCGAAGCCCCAGGCCAUGUGAUGCGAGUCCUCGUUGGGUCUCCUUGCUGUGCCACUGUUGCCACCAUUUCCGGCAGGAGCAAUGGUGGCGCAGGAAGGAGCGGCGGAGUGGGGGCGCCUCUCAUGUGACCGGCUCCUUCUAAUGCCCCUUGUGGUGCUGUAAGUAGCUGUGCUGCUGUUGUGGUUUCCACACCACCCAAAUCAACUUCACAAGGGGCCCCUCAGUUGUAUUUAAUAUUGUGUGACAACACCUUUAAUGUUAUGUUAUAUAUGGAACUUAUUUAAAAGAAAAGAAAAUAGGGUUGGAUUUACAUUAUGUAAUGUACGGGAGAUUGCAAUGCAACUUUAUGCCAAUAAAAUGUAAUUUACCUGUCCCAAAUUUGUUGAAUAUUCAACAAGAAGAACCUGUUGUCCAACUGAAGUCUCAUGCUGCAACUUUUUUUUUGUUACAUAGGUACUAAUUGUAAUUUUUAAUUGAAAGGCAUCAUAAACGCCCAGUAAUUAUUAUUUUUUAAUUCUGUAGUGUAUCUUAUAGAUACAGACAUUAAGGCACGAACACAAUAGCUGUUUAAAUGGUGGUUUAUGUCGCUGGGGGAGGAAAGGUAUAGUGCAUUAAAGAUAUAAAACUGUAUACAUUUUGUAUAUCAAUAAAUCUUUAAACAAUCCCAAAUAAAUUUAUUCUUGUUUAGACUGUU